AUGGAACCGGUCAACGGACCAACACACUCACCCUCGUUAAAUUCACCUACCUCUCCGGAUAUGUCGCCAGAGGCGGUUAACAUGACAUACACACACGCUUUUCUGCACUUACGUCCCAAAGAGGCUUUUGAUGCGAUCCAAGCAAGAUUAAGAAAGGCAAAACUACUAAAUGACGAGCUAGCCUUAUACUUUAGUGAAAGAGCUGCGAUUGAAGACGCUUAUGUAAAAAGUCUUCAAAGAUUAUCAUCAAAAAAGAAUUUCAUGUCCGACAAGUCAAUAUUGGGUGCUUUUUCAAAUGUUUGGGAACCACUUUUUCAAGAAGUUACCGAAAUAUCCAACGUACAUUCCUUAUUUGUCGAGAAAAUUUCUGAAGAAGUCGAGGCUCCUAUACGCGGAAAUGCUACCUCUGAAGACUGGUUGCAACUGAAGAAUUAUGAAACUACCUUAGGAAAAAUAGUAAAAGAUCACGAGGAGAGGCUUCUGAAAGUUAACAAGCUCAAAUCCAAGAACGAAAAACUCACAGGGAAAAAACACGAAGCUUCUGAGAUGAAGCUUAAAGAGGCACAAAAAGUUCUAGACAAUAGUCAGCAUGAAUGGUUGCGGGAAGCGCCACAUAUUUUGGAGAAAUAUCAAUCAGUCGAUGAAGCACGUCUUACUAAUCUUAAAGAGAGCAUUGCACGCUUUGAAACUAUACAAGUUGAAACUUGUCAAAAGAGAGUAUUGAUGGCGGAACGAACACUAGAAACCGUGUUUACUUUUGACGUUUUGAGCGAAAUUGAAAAUUUCUGCUUACAGAAAAUAGAAGGAAAUAAUUUAAACGAUUUUUCUAAUAUUUCUGUUACAUCAGCAACCAGCAACAGCUCAAAAUUAAAAACCGCUAUUGGCACAAUGCGGCGUAAGAAAACAGCAACCUCCAACCAUUCCUCAGAAAUGCCAAGUCAUACAAAACUCGAAGAAAAUGAUCUUGUGGGUGAAGAGUUGAAUAUUACGCCAUACAAUCUCAAUAAUUCUCAUAAUCAACAAGAUUCUUCCACAUCAGUCGAUAGUCCGAUAGUAAGUGUUCUCACGUAUUGGCCAAAAGUGAUUGUCGAUAUUGAUGGCCCUCCUCCGGAUAGAUCUUAUGAGGAUUUCUCAGGCGAUGAAGAUUCUGAUACCAAAUCAGAGGCAAUGAGAAUUCGUGUUGAAAUCAAGAAUGAAACUAUUCCUGAAAAUAACGAUGAAGAAGCAGAAACUGCUAUUAAACAUGUUACUAAUACUCUGAGAUCGCAGCAAAGUACUCUGAGCUUGGGUCGAAAUCGUCGUGGACGAAGAGAAAGCCAUUAUAGAAAGACUAUUCUCGAUUCUGAUAAUGGUAGUAAUGGUGUUUUCUCUGAUUUACCUAUUGAAAUACGACCAGCUGUAACUCCGGAAAUGAGUAGUUCGACAUCUUCACCAACUUCAUUGACAUCUUCGGAAGCUAAUUAUCGGGUGCCUCUUCCUAGUACUUCGAAAAAUUCACAAGGAUUGCGUGCAACUAUUUCUGAGGUGUUGAAUGUUAUUAUCAAAGGCGGUGAAGUGGCAAAAAUAUCAGUAACUGGAGAAAUAAGUCUUAUCUCAAAUCGUACAACUGUCCAACCUGUAAAACUCAAGAUAACAAACUUUUCUAUAUUGGAUAAAGCUGCGCCAAAUUCAUCGUAUAUUAAUCCAAGCACAUCGGGCGAAGCAGGCGAAUACGAGGUCAACAUGGAAAUGUUGUCCUUUGCAGGUGGUGCACCAGUCGUAAUCAUGAAAUACCAAGUGCACAUAGAUCCAGAACAUAAGGACGAAUAUGUACCAAUUCAGAUUGUUCCACAAUGGAAAUGUGAACCAAACAAAACAGCUUUUGCAGUAAACUACCAGCCGAAUCCGAAUUUUAAGCUCACUGGGACUCUUUCGGAUCUUUCGUUCUUGAUACCAGUUGAUGGCGAAGUAGUUGGAAAACCUGCUUCUAAACCGACUUGUAAUUGGAACGUUGAAAAGCAGAUAAUUGUAUGGCAGAUUGGUGACUUAGAUCUUUCUUCGUCUGAAAAAAAACAUCUUUUGACACGAUUUGACACCAAAAAUAAUUCAAAACCGUCACUGACUGCGGUAAAAUUUACUUGUAAGGGACAAUUGUUGAGCAGUAUUUCUUUGGAAGCUAGUUCACCACCGCCUUUAUCCUCUUCAUCAUCAGAAAAUGUGAAUGGGUUUUCCCAACAGAAGGAUGAAUUAAUUGAAUUCGAAGAGGUUAUUUGCCAGGUGGUGAGUGGUAAAUACCUAGCUUCACAAUGA